AUGGGAGAACAAGAAGUACAAUAUUUAGCUAAUGCAUUAGCCAACAACAAGACACUCAUAGUACUCAACUGGGACCACAAUUAUAUCAGAUCUGCUGGUGCACAAUAUCUGGCCCAUGCAUUAACACACAACAAAACACUCACCACACUUCAUCUGUCCGCGAAUCAAUUGUUCCCUGAAGCAGCACAACAUCUAGCCAAUGCAUUAACAAAAAACUAUACACUCACCGCACUCUACCUCUCGACCAAUUGUAUCAUGGAUGAAGGAAUAAAAAGUCUCGCAGCUGCAUUAAUGCACAACGAGACACUUACCACACUCGAACUUGGCGACAAUCAUAUCAGAUCUCAAGGGGCGCAGCACCUAGCUAAUGCAUUAAUAAAGAAUGAGACACUGAUCAACCUUAAUCUUUACGAUAAUCAUAUCGAAGAUGAAGGAACAGAAUGUCUCACAAAUGCAUUAAUUAACAGCAAGAAGCUUACUACACUCAUCCUCGACCUUAAUCGAAUUCACAAUAAAGGAGCACAAUAUCUUGCCAAUCUACUAAUGAGAAACACGUCACUUACCACACUUCAUAUAAAACACAAUAGCUUCGAUUCCAAUGCAGCGCAAUAUUUAGCUAAUGCAUGGGCUAAGAACAAGACACUUACCACACUCAAACUAGGCAAAAAUUUUAUAAAAGUUGACGGCGUAAAAUAUCUCGUUAAUGAAUUAAAAAAUAACAAAACACUCACCACACUUGAUCUCUCCUUCAACCACAUCAAUCCCGAUGGAGUAGAAAAUCUUGCCAAUGGAUUAAAAAACAACGAGUGA